AGCUUUUUUUUCUAUUCCCUUUCUCAUCCUGCAAGACAUCCACUCGCUUUUUCUUUCGUGAUAUUAUAUUAUCUUAGGGUCCAAACUUCAUUCUUUGGCCCGGCGGUAAUUUACCCCCUGUUCCGGUAAUACGGAGACCUGCUCCCGUGACCAACACCGCCGCCGAUCGUCUUCAAGAUCGCCUCCCAGUCGAAGUCACUCCAGUCUCUCGGUAUUCCAGCCAGCUUGCUCUCUCGUUCUCUCGCCCGCGGCGUCCUUUUUACCACUCUGCCAUUCUCUCACGACCAUUUCUUCUUCAUUCCUGUCACUUGAUUCUCCCUUUCUCUUCGCUCGAUCUCCGAUCAAUACCGCCAAAGUGUCUUCCCUAAUCGUUCCCCGUGCCAUCUCCUUCCCCCCGGACGUCGACGCUGCGUCGCGCCGGUUGACCCCGGACACCACCAUGGCCCAGGGCAAAGCUGGACGGAGGAGACGGUCGAGUAGCAUCAUCUACCAAGAGCCUCCCGAGUCCAUUGAGCACACCAGCGACCAGGCUGCCCUGCCCAAUUUGAAUGCGAACUGGGUCAACGCCAAGGGAGCCUGGACCAUUCACUUCGUUCUCAUCAUCGCCCUCAAGAUCUUGUUCGACAUCAUUCCCGGCGUCUCGCAGGAGACCUCAUGGACGCUCACCAACAUCAGCUACAUGUUCGGUUCUUUCCUCAUGUUCCACUGGGUGCGGGGCAUCCCAUUUGAAUUCAACGCCGGCGCGUACGACAACCUCAACAUGUGGGAGCAGAUCGACAAUGGAGACCAGUAUACCCCCACGAAGAAGUUCCUCCUCUGCGUACCCAUUUGUCUCUUCCUCCUCAGCACACAUUAUACCCACUACGACUUGACGUAUUUCACCAUCAAUUUCCUUGCAACCCUGGGAGUUGUCAUCCCGAAAUUGCCGUUUUCGCACCGUCUGCGAAUAGGUCUCUUCUCUGAUAUACCCGAAGAGUAG